GCGAAGAUGGACAGGGCUGGGGACAAGCUACUAGUGGAUUUCCUCUCUUUCCUCGCCGAUUACGUCCCCACAUUCCCGGACGAGCUCGUCGAUUACUACGCCGCGGCGGCGGGAUUCCAGUGCUCGGAUGUGGGCGUCAAGAGGCUCCUGUCCGUGGCGGCGCAGAAAUUCGUGGCGGAGAUCGCCAGCGACGCGAUGCAAUACUGCAAGAUGCGGCAGGGCGUGGGGGGAUCGUCGUCGGGGGCCAAGCAGCAGCGCAAGAUGGUGCUCAGCCACGACGAUCUUGUGAGCGCGCUCAAGGAAUACGGUGUGGAGAUGCGGCGUCCGGAAUAUUUCGCGGAUACAUCCAGUGCUGGCGCCGCCGCUGGCGCCGCUGGGAAUCUCGCGCCAUCGGCCACCGCCGCUGCUCCCCCGGAUCAAUGAUCUUCUCUUCCUUUCUAGGGUUUUGCAUAGGGUUUAGAUAGAUUCCUAGGCGGGCGAUGGCGCUGUGAUUUCGUUCAGGCGGAGAAUGCGGUGCCUUGCGGCCCAUGGCGGCAUCCAGCUCCCGCAGCCACGGCUCGUUUCAAUCGGAGGCGGCGUGGGAAGCCUCUCUUCUUGUAGAUGGAAGACGAACAGGUGUCUCCGGGCGAGAAAUCUGGAGCUAUGGCGCAGCACAGCACGGCAUUGGAAUGGCAAAACUCGCUGCCAAGCGUUUUGGAGCGCUGAUUCUUCUAGUUCCAGCAUCAAAAGCGAGAGCGAGAACUUUGGACAACGCAAAAGACCGGUGUUGGAAUGGGUUGUGCCUGCUGUUCUCGCGGCCGCCACCAUCGUUUUGGCCUUGCGAUCCGGCAGGGCCUUCGCCGCAACGUUUGAGAAGAAUGUGGCGAGGGAGGCAUCGACAAACCAGCUCGGCAUUGCACUGGUGAGUGCUUGGGCUGGAUUGAUCGCUGGAGGCCUCCACACUCUCACUGGCCCGGACCACUUGGCAGCUCUAGCGCCCCUUUGCAUCGGCCGACGAUCAAAGCUCGAGAGUGCCGCCGUUGGUGCGGUGUGGGGAUGCGGUCACGACGCCGGCCAGGUCCUCUUCGGCUUCUUCUUCCUGCUGCUCAAGGACAGGCUCAAGAUCGAGGUGCUCCGGACGUGGGGAGCUCGAGUGGUGGGCUUGACUCUCAUCGCGAUCGGAGCAGUGGGGAUCAAAGAAGCACAGGAAUCGCCAGCCGUGGAGGAAGAGGCUGCUGUGACGAAGAAGAAAUCGCUGGGCUUUACUUUCGCGACCGGGAUCGUCUAUGGCUUGCAGCCGGACGCGCUUCUCAUGAUCCUUCCAGCGCUGGCGAUGCCGUCCGGACUGGCCGGGGUCUCCUUCCUCGCGAUGUUUCUGGUUGGAACCGUGGCGGCCAUGAGCAGCUACACCGUGUUCUUGGGAUCUUGCAGCCAGGCGCUUCACGAGAAGAUCCCGUGGAUCACUCGCAAGCUCUCGUGGGCGUCCUCGAUCGUAGCCAUCGCGUUUGGCUUCGCUGUUCUAGCGGGAGAAAUUUUUGGUCUAAGCUUCUAUUGAUCGAAUGUAUUGUCUCUAAUCCAUCUUAAAGAACGUCGCGGGUUCGACUCUCC